CUCCCCUCCCCCCUUCUGCUAAUUUCACCUGUGUUUAUUGUGCAUGCCCAUACAGAAGUUUAAACACCACCUUCGCCCAAUCCUGAUACGUCCUAAUAAUCAGUGAAGAAAACCCAAACACAGGAACUACUGUUGCUCGUUAUCCUACGCAUUCCAUCCCGUCGCGACAGAUUCUUCAGUUUACGCACAGAUUCUGUCCACAAGAUUUUACAAUAUGACUAACAUACUUCUCUUUCUCCAUGUAUUUUCUUCUUCCCCUGUGCUCAACAAUUCUGGACCAAUCACCCUGCUAUAGAGCUAGCAUCACAGACCUCUUGUGUCAAGCCUUUCCAUUGAAUUGUCUGGGUGCAUGUGCUGCUACCUGUCCAAUCUGUAAUUACCGCCAACUGCUUUGGCAACCUUUCCAUGACCUGAGAGCUGAGCCGUCUGAACUCUCCCUGAAGCAGACGCUUCUCCCUCAAGUCUCUCUUUCUCUUCACCUCUGCCUCACCUUCAAACAUGAGGUUCAAAGUAGACAUGCAUUACGUAGUCUUCUCGCCUGUGUACCUGUUGAUGUGGCUGUACACGCUCAUCACGUUUAUCCCAUGGUAUUUCCUCACUGAUGCUGGGAAGAAGAAAACCAUGGCCAAGAGAGAGAAAGCCAAGUCCACCACAGGCAAAGCUGAGGGCCCCUAUCGUUGUGUAGAGAACAUUGACAACCUGGCCCGGGAGGACUUUGAGGGAAAGGACACUCUAGACAAGCUGUUUGAGCAUGCAGUGCAGCGCUUCGGCAAGGCAGACUGCCUGGGCACCAGGGAGGUCCUAAAUGAGGAGAAUGAGAUGCAACCCAGCGGCAAGAUCUUUAAGAAGGUAGAGUGAUCACACACACAUCUCACCAGGAACCAAUUAGAGUGCAGUGAAGGUUCUGCCAAAUAAGUUACAAAAGUUAGGUAACCUAAAGCAAGUUUGUGUAACUUCAUAUAAUAUCUAACUGUCCUAGAUGAAAUAAUAAUAUAAUAUAAUAUGCCAUUUAGCAGACGCUUUUAUCCAAAGCGACUUACAGUCAUGUGUGCAUACAUUUUUACGUAUGGGUGGUCCCGGGGAUCGAACCCACUACCCUGGCGUUACAAGCGCCAUGCUCUACCAAUUGAGCUACAGAGGACCACCUUGUUGAGUUACAGAAAUCCCUCCUUGUUGAGUUAUUAAAUCAAAUGUCAUAAAUAUUUACACUGGAAAUGACUUGAAUUGACUCCAGUGGGAUAUUUACCCCUGUGAACUGAAGGCCCUUAGUAGAACCAACCCUAAUGGCCUGUUCCCUGCUCUCUCCUCUGCUGCAGCUGAUCCUGGGGGAGUACAGGUGGCUGUCCUAUGACGAGGUGGACCAGAUCAUCAGCCAUCUAGGUAGUGGACUGGCAGCCCUGGGCCAGCAGCCCAAGAGUACCAUCGCCAUCUUCUGUGAGACACGGGCAGAGUGGAUGAUCACUGCACAAGCCUGCUUCAGACGCAACUUUCCAUGUAGGCAUUGACCGCAAAACACUUCCCUAUUUGAGGAUCCAACACUGGCACAUAAAGUGCCACUAGUUUGCAUUAUAAAGAUAUUUCCUGUUAGAACAGCAAUAUUUGUGAUGACAUUGUGUUGUGUUUUUGCAUGUGAACAACAUGUUUGGUUGUGUUGCAGUGGUCACUCUGUAUGCCACCCUGGGGGAGGAGGCAGUGGCCUAUGGCCUGAAUGAGUGUGGGGCCACUCACCUGAUCACCAGCACAGAGCUACUGGAGACUAAACUUAAGGUAGGAGUCAUAUGGGGAAAUACAUGGUUCACAUUCCAGCCUGACUACACACUGCUUUUCUCAGCUCCUCUCUUUGUGGGAAAGAGAGCUAUCUUUUCAGACAGGAUGUGUGUAAUCACCUCCGUAGGUCAAGGAGGAAUUAAAAAUUAGCCAUGGGGUGUUUGUGUGUGAACUGAGGUGUGUCGUUCACCUGAAAAACAAACACUGAUGUCAUUGAAACUUGAAUGAACCCUAUAGGCAUUUAGGACACGAGCUGAGAUUACUCAUGUGUAGACAAAUAUGUGUCUUCCUGUAUCUCUGACAGAGUGUUUUGCCAGAAAUGCAUAACCUGAAGCACGUUAUCUAUGUGGACAACAAGAGCAUCAGAAGGACGGGCUACCCAGAGGGCAUUCAGAUCCACAGCAUGCAGGCAGUACAAGAGCUGGGAGCCAAAGCUGACAACUGUAUGUGGAAACACAUCAACAAAACGAUGCAUGUACAAAACACACAGGUCACACUGUUGGGUCAAACAGUGUUUGCACUAAAACUUGAGUUUACAUAUGGCUCAGAUGUCAUUGUAGAGAUGGUAAAAUGUCUAAGCAACUAGUAAAGUAUAAUAUGCACAUAUGCUGGCAGUUUAGUUUAGUUCCACAACGUAGUAAAGAAUGUAUGUACUGGCUUGAACUUUACCAUUUCUUUUCUAAGCAUUAUUAAGUGACGUGUCCCCCUCUGCUCCUGGCAGUGAGUGUAGCGGUGCAGCGGCCCCAGCCCACAGACCUGGCCGUGGUCAUGUACACCAGCGGCUCCACAGGACAACCCAAAGGAGUCAUGAUCAUCCACAGCAACCUGAUCGCUGGCAUGACGGGCCAGUGUGAGAGGAUUCCAGGACUGGGGUGAGCAGAGCACUCUACCGCAGGGCCUCGAUCUAGUAUCUAACCACCAUUUAACUAGGCUGGUCAGGUCUCUGCGUCUGACAUGGGAAUUUGACGCAAUGUUUUAAAAACAGCAGACAAACCGUGUAAUGUACUCAAGAUAACCGUGCCUGAACAUAUUUACUCAUGCGCUCUUCCUCCUCAACUUGAUAAUUAGACACAGUAUUGUUGAAGUGCAUAACCACUUCCUUAUUUUUGUAUACUGUCGUGAAUGGUUCCAGAUAUUGAAGAUGUAAAUUGUUCUCUCAUCUUCAUAUUGCUUACAGUAUUGUGUUGUGUUUGUGUCCAUGUGCAGGCCAAAGGAUACCUACAUUGGCUACCUGCCUCUAGCUCAUGUGCUGGAGAUGACUGCUGAGAUCUCAUGUAUGACGUAUGGCUGCAGGAUUGGCUACUCAUCACCACAAACACUCUCUGACCAGGUAAUGGACUCAGCAGUUUGAUAUAAAGAGAUAGAGUUGAGGUUGCAUAUUUUCUUAUGGAUUUGUAAUUUUAUUGCAAAGUGGGCAACAAUCUAAUGUUAUUUUGAUAUCGCUUCUCUUUUGCAGUCGACAAAAAUCAAGAAAGGCAGUAAGGGAGACUGCUCUGUGUUGAGGCCUACUCUGAUGGCAGCUGUUCCGGUAAGAACCAACAUCCUUCCUUAGUCUUUUCACUGAUUUGUUAGUGUUUUAUCAAAUAGGGAUGUGCACGGUUAUUCGAAUAUCGGAACGGACGUAUUAUUCGAAUACUUGUGUGAGUAUACAUUUUUGCCCCCAAAAAAGUAUAGGCCAAUUUUAACCUGAUUCUAACACUGAAAAGGCUUUUUUUUAAAUUACAUUAAAAUAUCGAUGUGACAUUGUUACAUACAAGGAUAAACCAUGACAUUUCAAAUUAUUAAUUUAAUUUUAAAAAACAUAGUUAUUAUGUGCACCCCAUAAAAAGACCGGGAGCCCACCAGUUGCCUUCAUGUAGAUUGUUGGCCAAUCAAAGUGGCAAAGAGGUUCAAUGUGUAGCAUGUGUAGUGAAAGUUCACUAAUGCAAUGCAAGAUGGACUAAAUUACUGAAUUACAAGGAGUAGGCUACAAUCAGUAACCAACAGGUAGGCUGUUUUAUCUGAAUGGGGUUACGCAGCAUGUGACCUCCAUUAGCUUAGCUAGCUUCUCUAGGCUACUCCUAGCCCUUGAUCAUGACUCUGUUCCAUUACAUUACACAUAAGAGUCAUUGGACGAAGGCGUCUUCUGUACGGGGGAGUUUUGUUAAGAUCCCCGAACGUUUGGUCUGAACAUUAACACGCAUCGCUUGUGGUACGGUUUUGGAAGCAUAAGGACCUUAUCUUUUAUAUCAGCAAUAAAUAAUUUUCAAAAAACAAAAGGUUAAAUUGAUACACACCUUUUUAUUGUGCUAAGCUACUCCAGUCAAGACAGUCACUGUCUUGUUAUAUGGGAUGAUAAAUAACAUUAUGGCUGGUACAAAUAAACGUUAGCUAGUCUUGACUGUAGCCGAGUUGCCUUGACGUCUCUCUCCUUCCGUCUGCUCGCUACACACACCGCUCCAUAUAACCUCAACGGCUGCAGCAAUAGAGCGCCAGCUCUAUGUAUUUCAAAUAUCCAGAUAUCCGACAAAAAUGUAUGAUACUAUUCGAAUAGUGACAUUAUUUCAAACCCAUAUCCCUACUAUAAGGCUGGCUUCUUUACAGAUUUUUAGAGGUCAGCUUUAGAGGACAUCCUCUAACAGGUGAUGUUGAUUCUUUGAGGUUAUUUGAUAACUAUCCUGCAGUGUUGAUUUCCUCUGUAGAGAAAGUGGAAGCAGAGAGAUGGAUAAGGUAAAAAGAAAAACAGUCACAAACUGAUGCGUGAUGUUUGUCUAUUCUGUUUAUUGUAUAUUAUCUGUCAGGAAAUAAUGGACCGCAUCUACAAGAAUGUAAUGAACAAGGUGCAGGAGAUGAGCUAUGUGCAGAGGACACUCUUUAAACUGGGCUACAACUACAAACUAGAACAGAUCAAAAUGGGCUACGAUGCCCCACUCUGCAACAUGUAAGUAUACUGUACGUGAGGACACACACGCACAUACACAUACCAGCAUGUUCCUAGCUCUCUAUAGAGAUAAAAUCCCCGAUACAAGGUCAGUGCAUAAAGACAUAAACAUUGAUUGUCAGUACAUGGGAUGAGGUGUGAAUGACGGAGUCAGGCGCAGGAGGUGAAACACCGAAAUCCAGAGUUUAUUCAGUGUACAUGAAUAAAAGCGCAGCAAGCGUCAAAACGAAACUAGCACAAGGGAAAAAUCCACCUUGGCUACAUACAAGGAGAGCUACUCACUCUCACAAUGAACAAUCACUCACAAAGGACAAGGGGGCAAAGGGAACACUUAUACACGGACUAAUGAGGGAAUGAGUACCAGGUGUGUGUGAUUGACAAGACAAGACAAAUGUGAGUGAUGAUAAAUGGAGCGGUAGUGGCUAGUAAGCCGGUGACGACAAACGCCGAAACCUGCCCGAGCAAGGAGAAGGGGCAGCCUCGGCUGAAUUUGUGACAGUACCCCCCCUUGACGCGCAGCUCCAGCAGCGCUCUGACACCGGCCUCGGGGACAGCCAGGAGGACGCGGAGCAGGGUGAGUCGGAUGGCGACGAUGGAAGUCCCUCAACAGAGAGGGAUCGAAGAUAUCCCUCACCGGGACCCAGCACCUUUCCUCCGGACCGUACCCUUCACACUCCACAAGGUACUGAAGGCCCCCCACCCGGCGCCUCGAAUCCAGUAUGGAACGGACAGAGUACGCCGGCGCUCCCUCGAUGUCCAAAGGAGGUGGAGAGACCUCCCGCACCUCAGACUCCUGGAGCGGACCAGCCACCACCGGCCUGAGGAGAGACUAAUACGGUAAUCUAACCGGCCUGAGGAGAGACUAAUAAGGGGUUAAUACGGUAAUCAGGGGGGAGUAAUAACCUAUAUGUGACCUCGUUGAUUCUCCUCAGGACUUUGAACGGCCCUACAAACCGCGGGCUCAGCUUCCGGCAUGGCAGGCGGAGGGGCACAUUCCGGGUCGAGAGCCAGACCCGAUCCCCCGGUACAAAGACGGGGGCCUCAUGCGGUGACGUUCAGCGUUGGCCUUCUGACGACGCACGGCGCGUUGGAGGUGAACAUGGGCAGCGUUCCACGUCUCCUCCGCGCGCCGAAACCAGUCAUCCACUGCAGGAGCUUCGGUCUGGCUCUGAUGCCACGGUGCCAGAACCGGUUGAUAACCUAAAACACACUGAAAUGGCGUUAGGUUCGUAGAGGAGUAGCGGAGAGAGUUCUGGGCAUAUUCUGCCCAUGGCAGGAACACCGACCACUCCCCCGGUCGGUCCUGGCAAUAGGACCUCAGGAACCUACCCACAUCCUGAUUUACUCGUUCCACCUGCCCAUUACUCUCAGGGUGGAACCCAGAGGUCAGGCUGACCAAGACUCCCAUACGUUCCAUGAACGCCUUCCAGACUUUUGACGUGAACUGGGGACCUCGGUCAGACACUAUAUCCUCUGGUACCCCGUAGUGCCGGAAGACGUGUGUAAACAGGGCCUCCGCAGUUUGCAGAGCCGUGGGGAGACCAGGCAGAGGAAAAGCGGUCCACAAUGACCAGGAUGGUGGUGUUCCCUUGAGAGAGAGGCAGAUCAGUUAAAAAAUCAACACUCAAAUGAGACCAUGCCACCAGUACUUUUCGGUCAGGCAGCGCACUGUACGACCGAUACCUGGGUGACCAGAGGAGGGUGACAUGUGUGCCCAGUAGAUCAGACGAUCACGGAUAAGCGCAGGCACGUACUGCAGCCCAGCUGGACACUGCGGUGGAGAUGGAUCUGUGCGUAAUGCCUGCGCUAUAUCCGCGUCCACCGGCGCCACAAUGCAUGAGUCUGGCAGUAUGGGGGUAUUGUCUCUGGGCCUCUCCUCUGUAUCAUACAGCCGGGACAGUGCGUCUGCCUUCACGUUCUUCAUACACGGAAUGUAUGGCAGUGUGAAAUCAAACCGGGUGAAGAAUAGGGCCCACCUGGCCUGGCGAGGGUUCAGCCUCCUCGCUGCCCGGAUGUACUCCAGGUUACGGUGGUCCGUCCAGACGAGGAAUGGGUAUUUCGCCCCCUCGAGCCAAUGUCUUCACACGGUCAGCGCUUGGACAACAGCCGACAGCUCCCGAUCACCAAUGCCGUAGUUCUGCUCCGCUGGGCUGAGCUUCUUUGAGAAGAACGCACAGGGGCGUAGCUUGGGUGGCGUGCCCGAGCGUUGAGACAGGACUGCUCCCAUCGGACGCAUCCACCUCCACUACGAACGGUAGUGAUGAAUCGGGGUGGGCCAGUACCGGGGCCGAGGUGAACAGUUCCCUCAGGUUACUGAAGGCCCUGUCAGCCUCAGCAGACCAGCGGAUCCAGGACGGCCCACCCUUCAACAGAGAUGUAAUGGGAGCUGCGACCUUGCCAAAGCCCCGGAUAAAUCUCAGAUAAUAGUUGGCGAAGCCAAGGAAGCGCUGCACCUCCUUUACCGUGGUUGGAGUCGGCCAAUUACGCACGGCUGCAAUGAGGUCGCCCUCCAUCUCCACACCUGUGGUAGAAAUGCGGUAUCCGAGGAAGGAGACGGACUGCUGGAAAAAAACAUACACUUUUCUGCCUUAGCAUACAGGUCAUUUUCCAACAGUCGGGCCAGUACUUUGCGAACCAGGGACACAUGCUCGGCGCGCGUAGCGGAAUACACCAAGAUGUCAUCGAUGUAGACCACUACACCGCGACCAAGCAUGUCCCGAAACACCUCGAUCACAAAGGACUAGAAAACUGAGGGAGCGUUCAUCAAACCAUAGGGCAUCACCAGGUAUUCAUAAUGCCCCGUGGUUGUGCUGAAUGAUGUCUUCCACUCAUCUCCCUCUCGGAUACGCACCAGGUUGUACGCACUCCUGAGAUCUAAUUUAGUGAAGAAGCGCGCUCCAUGCAAUGACUCAACCAGUGACGGAAUGAGGGGGAGAGGAUAACUAAAUCUAAUCGUCUCCUUGUUCAGUGGUCGAUAGUCAAUGCACUAGCUUGGGAACUCUCAUGUAAUCAGGGAAGUAUAUGGGUAUGGUACAGUGCGCAGCAGAGGGCUCUGAACAAGUGUGGGUGCUCAAUACCUGGGGUGAUGCGAGAGUGCCCUGCCGGCCGCCUCCUGACCCAAAAGAGCACUGACGACAACGUGUGGUGGAAUGUCCCUUCGUGCCAUCCGAUUGGCACUGGCACUGUCGUCUUCCGCUCUCUUGGUGCGCGGUACCACCCAGCUCCAUGAGCUCUGGAUCUGCGUUGGUCGGGGCGGGAACGGGCAGACCUCCUCCAGGACGUCCUUUGGUUGCCAGCAGGUUAUCCAGACGAAUGGCCAUGUCCACCAGUUCGGUAAAAUACAAACUGGUGUCACGACAGGCUAGCUCCCGUCGGACGUCCUCCCGUAGAUGGCACCGGAACUGGUUGAUCAGGGCCCGCUCGUUCCACCCGGAUCCUGCUGCCAGAAUCCGGAACUCCAGGGAGUUCACCCCUGCCUCAAGUGGACCAGCUGCUCACCUGCCUCUCGGGCGGGUGAUCGAAAACUGCCCGAAAUAGGCGGGUGAACUCCCUGUAGUCCUCCAACACGGCUCCUCCUUCUCUCCAAACCACGUUGGCCCACUCCAGGGCUUUCCCCGAGAGGCAGGAAAUGAGGACUGACACCUGCUAUCGAUCUGAUGGCGCCGGCCUAACACUGGAGCAGUACAGCUCCAGUUGGAGAAGGAAUCCCUGACAUAGAGCCGGCGUCCCAUCGAACGCCCGUGGUCGAGAUAUAAGUUGUUCUACAAACGUUGGGCUAUACGUUUUGAUUUUUAGUACAUUUUUAGUACAUUGUAAGGCUGCAUGAUGCGACUCUAAUGAUGAUUUGAAAAAAGUUGCUUGAAAGGCAUGAGCUCUGCUUUGUUUUUUGCUGGUUGAGCUACUCUUUCCUUGUAUGUAGCCAAGGUGGAUUUUUCCCUUGUGCUAGUUUCGUUUUGACACUUGCUGCGCUUUAUUCAUGUACACUGAAUAAACUCUGGAUUUCGGUGUUUUACCUCCUGCGCCUGACUCCGUCAUUCACACCUCAUCACAGAAUCACUCACCUCUAUGGAGUCAGCAGGAGAGGAGCACAUGCCUGGAAUAGUGGCAAGGGUCCAGGAACAUUCCACUAUGCUUGGCCAGCUGGUCUCGACGGAUCGGUUCCUCUUCUCUCCAGGCGUUGGACGACCUGAAGAACCCGAUCCAUCACUUCCCCCAAGCUGGCCAGCAUAGUGGAAUGUUCCUGGACCCUUGCCACUAUUCCAGGCAUGUGCUCCUCUCCUGCUGACUCCAUAGAGGUGAGUGAUUCUGUGAUGAGGUGUGAAUGACGGAGUCAGGCGCAGGAGGUAAAACACCGAAAUCCAGAGUUUAUUCAGUGUACAUGAAUAAAGCGCAGCAAGUGUCAAAACGAAACUAGCACAAGGGAAAAAUCCACCUUGGCUACAUACAAGGAAAGAGUAGCUCAACCGAGCUACUCACUCUCACAAUGAACAAUCACUCACAAAGGACAAGGGGGCAGAGGGAACACUUAUACACGGACUAAUGAGGGAAUGAGUACCAGGUGUGUGUGAUUGACAAGACAAGACAAAUGGAGUGAUGAUAAAUGGAGCAGUAGUGGCUAGUAAGCCGGUGACGACGAACGCCGAAACCUGCCCGAGCAAGGUGGAGGGGCAGCCUCGGCUGAAUUUGUGACAGUACAUAAAAACACAAGUAUUUGCAACAUGCCAUUACAUGGAAGUAACAGGUAUAGCUAGGCUAUAUCAAACUACGUGGGUUUUUAAAUGCCGUAUAGAUUUGUCCCCUGGAAUCCAUUAAAUGCACGCUUGUAUUUUGACUGGUUUUGGUUCUCCUUUUCUUGUCUGCCAGUCAUGUCUAGUUUCCUUUCCCCAUUUCUUGGUAUCAGCAUGACAGAGACAUUGGCCUCUUGGUGACCCUCUCAACCAUUGUUUUUGUUGCCAAUUUUACUUUAUCGGAUUCUAAUAAAUAGGCUAGAAGUGUGUCACUUCUAGGGCUGUUGCGGUGACCGUAUUACCGCCACACCGGCGAUCACGAAUCAUGAAGGCAUUCCACGUGACUGUUUAGUCAUGGUAAUUAGGCUUCUCCAAGCUCUGAUGUUGCUGAUGGUCAUCAGUAGCCUACCAAACUUGCUAACUGCCUGGUACUCAGCACUCGAUUGUCCCUCUAAUCACUCUGACAUCAAUGCAAAUGUCAAAUCUAAUCAAACACUUAAUGAGAGCCCAUGAGCUCAUGUUGCGCAACAUUUCUAUAGGCUAUGCAAUUGCACGAGAAAACAGAGUGAUGGCCUUUAUUUUAAAAAAGAGGAUCCAUCAGCUUUCUAUAGGCUAGGCCUACUAUAUUUAUUUCUAAACUUUCCUAAUAUUAAGCACAUUGCUUAUCUUUACAACAGGAGUAUAGCCAACCUGGCUGGCAUGAAAAUGAACCACGAGAAAAGUGUCCUCCAUUUGCUAUUUAAGUGCAUAGAUUACAUGUAUUUUUUCCCGCUCCCACUGUUUCGAGACAGGUGCAUGAUAAUGGUACAUUCUAAAUCAAAAGAAAUUUCACACAUAUAUUAUUUAGUAUAUGUAAAGACAAGAUUCAAUCAAGAAUUUAAGAGGAUCCAUCAGCUUUCUAUAGGCUAGGCCUACUAUAUUUAUUUCUCAACUUUCCUAAUAUUAAGCACAUUGCACAUUGCUUAUCUUUACAACAGGAGUAUAGCCAACCUGGCUGGCAUGAAAAUGAACCACGAGAAAAGUGUCCUCCAUUUGCUAUUUAAGUGCAUAGAUUACAUGUAUUUUUUCCCGCUCCCACUGUUUCGAGACAGGUGCAUGAUAAUGGUACAUUCUAAAUCAAAACAAAUUUCACACAUAUAUGAUUUAGUAUAUGUAAAGACAAGAUUAAAUCAAGAAUAGUCUGAUGGGUGACAAUAUUAGGUUGUCACUUGUGAAUUAUAUAUUCUCACUUGUGAAUGAUGCCCAGCAUAAGGCAAGAAACAAUGCCUUUUUUCGAAUCAUAGUCGCACACCUCAUGUAGCCUAGCCCAUAGGCCUAUAUGUUUUGAUAAGGUUUGUAUCACAACUAAAGUGGCCAAAUAACAUAAGCACAUUAAUACGCUUUACAAGGGUGUAGAGCCUAGCUGGCAUACAUAAGCAGUGUGUGAGUUUCAAGUUUGGGAAGAUAAUUUUCACCAUAAAAAUUCACCUUUUAUAAUAAAACCAUUACAUGUAUAAUCGCAUUUGCGGUCACUUUUGAUAAUGGUGUUUUCCGCUAAUGGAACAUUCGUGCUUAUACCCUACUGCCAUGUGCGCAUUGCUGCGCUUAUAAUGUGAAGAAAUAGCCUAAUAGUCUAUCAACAUUUAAAGCUAAACGUUCUGAUCUUUUGCGUCAGCCACAUUGCGUAAAAAAGUUUUUGUUGAUGCUAGUGGUUGUAUUAAUUUGGGAUCUAUCGCAUCCCACAACUGUCCCAGACUAUGUUUGGAAUAUUUAUUUCUCGCACAGAAUAGAAUAGGUCAACUUUUGUACUAUGGGGGAUAGUAGAUUGACAUAGGCUAGUGCUUUUGCUGUUCGUUAGGCCUACUCAUCUUGUUGGCUGACGAAAAGUUAAUGUGGAAAGUUCUUCCAAUAUCUUCAAUAUGCACCUUGGAAUUGGAUAAGGAGGCGUGCAAUUGCGUCCCCGAUGUGUCUGUCUUCACUUGUAGCCUGUGAGAAAUACCUGAUCACGUGAUGGAGAGCCAUGUGAGUGAGAGGUGCUUCAGCGCAAAAGGCAUUGCUUUUUUUAGGGUGCAUUACGGCCACACAACGGGGAUGCGGCCGUGAAAUUAUCAAAUGCUUGUCAAAUUGUGAAUGCCUGAGCAAAAAACAAAGCAGAGCUCAUGCCUUUCAAGCAACUUUUUUCAAAUCAUCAUUAGAGUCGCAUCAUGCAGCCUUACAAUGUACUAAAAAUCAAAACGUAUAGCCCAACGUUUGUAGAACAACUUACAUUAAUUAACAGGUUACAUUAAUACAUUCAAAUCAAAUUAAGCAUAUAGGAGUACCUAUUUACGUUUAUAUUUUAGUAAUUUAGCAGACGCUCUUAUCCAGAGCGACUUACAGUUAGUGAGUGCAUACAUUUUUCAUAUAUAUUUCUUUGUUAACCGCUCAACACAGAAUAUCCGCAUGUGCGCACUCCCUCAAAUCGUUUGGAGAAAAUAUCCAUUCUAUUUUAUUCAGCUUUGUUCAAUUGUAUUCUUCAUACUAUAAAAUAAUAUAAAAUAAUGCCAUGGAAUUCUAAGCAAAUCUUGUCUGCUAAAUGAACUAGUAUAUCCCACAGACGUUUGGCAUAGCCAGAUCAGGACCUAACAUAAGGACAACUCAGAGUAUGCUAUUCAGUUCUUCUGAAAUAGACUACAUUUUCUUCAUAUCAUGCUUCUUUAGACCAGUGUAAAAUAAAUAAUGGAUUUAUUGUGAAGGUGUAGUCUAUAUUACAUGGAUGUAUUAGACUUUUUUAAAUGUAGAUGUUCCAAAGGUCUGCAUCAGUGACUUGUAGGGUAUGUGUGGAAGCCAGGAGAUGCUAAAUGUGUUUGUUAAUUAACGUCAAUUACCGUGAGACCGACAGUUAUUUGCUUGACAAUCACCAGCUGACUAAAUUUCGUGACCGCCACAGCCCUAGGACUCACUUCCAUUGCAAGUCAAAUGUGACCUAGUUCUGAGAUGGCAGAGACCAUUGACAGGAUCAGAAUCUGUAUGCAUCAUCAUAACAUGCAACAACCUGCAUCAUUGCAAGCUGCUUAUCAGGGGAUCCUUCUGAUUGAUAAGGGUUGAUUGCAAAAUAUUUGAUUUCAGACAGUGAAACUGUAUCAGUAAGCAUGGACCAAUGGGUAUCUUAAACUAGGAAGUAGUAAUAAGUUCAUUUCCCCCCCUCUGCUCUGUCAGGCUGCUGUUUAAGAAGGUGAAGGAUCAGCUGGGAGGGAACAUCAGGAUGAUGCUUUCAGGAGGGGCGCCCUUGUCCUCCGCCACACAGCGCUUCAUGAACAUCUGCUUCUGCUGCCCCGUGGGACAGGGCUACGGCCUCACAGAGACCUGCGGAGCGGGUACCAUCACAGAGGGUGAGUCACGGCAGGCACAGCCACGGACUACUACUGCUGGGGUCCUUCGCUAAUGACAUUCACCCUGGAAGUGGUAUCAUUACCAAGUGCACCCUUGGCUCCUUCACCAGCAGAGUAGUAGUAGUAGUAGUGUGUAGGGGAAUGGUGGGCGCUCUGUCAUUUGAGAAUCUUCACCAUUGUAUUUUUUGUUGAGGAAUUAUACCUAUGCAUGCCAUGGUAAAUUUGGGCUUUAGCCAAAACGGAGAACAGACUACUGCUCAGGCUUUUUUAUCUAUUGAGGUGCACUGAGGGUUUCAUGUCUUUAAACACACAUGCUCUCAGAGGUAGAUGUCUUUGUUCAAGCCCCAACCUGUGAAACGUUCUGUGAUACUGGGAUCAUUGAUGACAGAGGAAUGACAGCUAUACUAAAUAUCUAACUGUUUUGCAUCAAUCGGCUUUGCUGUAUAGGUCACGCAGGUAUCAGUUACUUUUCAGUGCAUUGUGAAUGUGGAAGGAUAUGCUUGUGCGAUGCUACGCAGCAGUAUUUGAGUGUGAAACAGUUGGCUGAAUGAUGCCAAAUAACCACUGGGGCCGAUUUUAUAAGGUCAUAUCAUUUAAGAGGACUUAUAAUAAAAAAUAAUAUGCCAUUUAGCAGACGCUUUUAUCCAAAGCGACUUAGUCAUGCGUGCAUACAUUUUUUUGUUCUCAGUUUCAUUGAAUUUCAAGGCAGAGGACAAUGUACAAGUUCUUACAAGUUCUUAGUUUAAAAACAAACAACAUUAUUUUAUAACAAAUCAAUGUUGGCAAUGAUUUGAUUUUCCUCAUAGCUCAAAGCUGUGUAUGAACUAAAUAUGACAGUGUUAUAAUUGUGACUCUCCCACCACACUGUGUUUUAUCUCAGGUCAAUCUGAAGGACACGUGUGUUAGUGAUGCGCGGGUCAGCUGUUUGUUCACCCGCACCCGCCCGCAAUUGCUAAUAACACAUUCGCAACCGCCCGACUAUAUGUGAUAAAGUCCAAAUCUGAGGCCUGCACCCGACCCAAACCCGUAAAUAUAGAACAUGCGCUGUAUUAUGUUAGGCUAUGUGAGAGGUUAUACACUUAGCCUACAGUCAGUGUCGAGAUUUCAGUUACUAUUCCAUUUAACCCAUCUGAACACUACAGUUCCCAUCUUGUGACUGUCAAAUUUGUAUAGCGCCUCACAAUCAUCACACAACAUAGCCGCUGUUAUCAACCUCUUUUACCACUUCACCAAAUCUUUCCCAAACAUUACUGUUCUGGCCCUCCCUUCUUUAAUUUUUAAAUUAAACUCUGACAUUGUCCUUUUUGCCUCAGUGGAUCGACGUAAAUGUUUUCUGCCCAUCUUCCCAAAAGCAUUUGGUGAUUGGCGUGCAUUUGCCGUGCGUAGGCUAAUGUUAGGCCCUAAAGCUUAGGCUUUUUUGUACCCUUGUCUAAAGCUAGAUAAAAAGAAUGAAAGAAAAACCUUAAUGUAGCCUAUCCUGUAGAUAUGAAUUACACAAUUAUAGAUUUAUAGAUUUUUUAAAUGCAUUGUUUUCUCUUUAUUCAACGGGCCCGCCACCCACCCGCUCUUCAGAUAUAACCGCAGGGACUGCGGGUUAUGAGUCAACCCACACAUCACUAACAUGUGUAUCUUGCUCUAUGCCUUAGAUGUGCAUGAGCAUAAGCACUGACGCUUAUUCUUUAAUAAGAAAACCUUGAUUUGACAAAUAUUCCCAGGCUGGUUUUUAGUAGGCCGGGUUGCAGCCUACUACUGGCAUCAGGUAUUAAACUCUACAUGGGACUAUUUUAUUUAUUUGUGAUUGUGUGUUUCCUCUCUCCAGUGGCAGACUACAGCACUGGGAGAGUAGGAGCCCCCCUCAUCUGCUGUGAGGUCAAACUACGAGACUGGGUUGAGGGUAAGUAAUAAAGCCUAUGGACACACACUUAUUUGUGAAUAUUUAUGAUAAAGUGUACUGUGCUGUUGAGGAGAGCUUGCAAGUAAGCAUUUCACUGUAUCAGUUACACCCUGUAUCCUGUGCACGUGACAAAUAAACAUUGAUUUUGACACACCUAUAGUAUGUGUAUCACAGAUGACUUGGACAUCCUCAUUUAGUAGCUGCCCUAUUUGCCUCCUUUGCAUGUUGUUACCGUAUUUUCAUGUGGCUCUCAGUAUGUGCCCGAUUUAGCUUCCAGGUUUUUUCCUGGUCCAAACAAUCCUCUAUACAGCUGUUCUCUACCACCAUGCCUCACUCUUAUCUUCCCACUGUGUUCCCAAGGCGGAUACACCAGCCAGGACCAGCCCCACCCCCGUGGAGAGAUCAUGAUUGGUGGGCCCAACGUUACCAUGGGUUACUAUAAGAGUGAGCACCUGAACAAUGACUUCUGGGUGGAUGAGCAGGGCCAGAGGUGGUUCUGUACCGGGGACGUGGGGGAGAUCCACCCUGAUGGCUGUCUGCAGAUAGUGGGUGAGUGGCUGAGAGGUGGAGAACAUCUGAAUAAUAACACCAAUGUUCACUGAACAUUGCACAACAGCUGCCUCUUCAACACUUUAUGACCAUGUGGCAAUACUGUCAUAAACAAUUCAAAUGGAUGUAAACAGUGCUAACUGCCAUAAAACCUCUCAGAAGAUGUAGACAACACUGUGCUGCCAUAUUUUAGUGUUCUCACUGACCCUCUCUGCUCUGUUUGUUCCAUGUAGACCGUAAGAAGGACCUGGUCAAACUGCAGGCUGGAGAAUACGUGUCCUUGGGGAAAGUGGAGUCUGCUCUGAAAAACUGUCCCCUUAUUGACAACAUCUGUGCAUAUGCAAACAGGUAACUUUAUUAUAUACCAUACACUUCUUUACAUAGGACCGAACGCUAUUACAUUGACACCACAUGCGUUUGUGGUUAUGUUUUAGUAGUUAUUCUACAUGUAUCACCCUUAAAACAUAUUCAAUGUGCAUGCUCAAGUCUAGUCUGUAUCUUAUUAUUUUUUGAAAUAUUGUUUUACUUUUUACCCCUUUUUCUCGCCAAUUUUCGUGAUAUCCAAUUGGUAGUUAAUCUUGUCCCAUCGCUGUAACUCCCGUACGGACUAAGGAGAGGCCAAGGUCAUCCUCCGAAACACGAUCCUGCCAAGCUGCACUGCUUCUUGACACACUGCUCGCUUAACCCGGAAGCCAGCCGCACCAAUGUGUCGGAGGAAACACUGUACAACUGGCGACCGUGUCAGCGUGCAUGCGCCCGGAACGCCACAGGAGUCGCUAGAGCGCGAUGGGACAAGGACAUCCGGCCAGCCAAACCCUCCCAUAACCCGGACGAAUGUGGGCCAAUUGUGCGCCGCCUCAUGGGUCUCCCAGUCAUGGCCGGCUGCUACACAGCCCGGGAUCGAACCCGGGUCUGUAGUGACUCCUCAAGCUCUGCGAUGCAGUGCCUUAGACCGCUGCGCCACUUGGGAGGCCCUAGUCUGUAUCAUUUUUAACAUUUUAUCUUGCUUUUAGUGACCAGAACUAUGUGAUAAGCUUUGUGGUACCGAACCAGAAGCAGCUGACAAUUCUGGCCAAUAAGAACGGCAUCAGUGUCGCCUGGGAGGAGAUCUGUAACCACCCAGCCAUGGAGAAGGAGGUCCUGAAGGCCAUCAAAGAGGUGGCUGUCUCAAGUAAGGCUGACACCUACUCUAUGACACAUCCUGUUAACUUGACUAACCAGAUGGAUAAUAACUUAGAAUUAAUAGACACAUCCUUUUAGUGUGUGACAAUAGAGGGCUUUGUUCAUGCCAUGCAUAUCCCUUUUAUAUUAUCCAUUGUGUUUUUCCCCCCUCAGUCAAACUGCAGCGUUUUGAGAUCCCAGUGAAAGUGCGUCUGAGCCCUGAGCCCUGGACCCCUGAGACUGGCCUGGUGACGGAUGCAUUCAAACUGAAAAGGAAGGAGCUGAAGAACCACUUCCAGACUGAUAUCGAGAGA